AGAUUAAAAGAGAGAGAUGGCAGAAGAAAAUGUGGUGAGUCUACAUGGAACGUGGGCUAGUCCUUUCUCCAAGUGUGUAGAGCUGGCCUUGAAAACCAAAGGCAUUCCCUUUGAGUUUGUUGAAGAAGAUUUGAGGAACAAGAGUCCAUCACUCCUCAAAUACAAUCCGGUUCACAAAAAGGUUCCAGUACUUGUUCACAAUGGAAAGCCCAUUGCUGAAUCACUCGUCAUUCUUGAAUACAUUGAUGAAACAUGGAAAACCGGUCCUAAGCUUCUGCUGGAGGAUCCUUACAAGAGGGCUCAAGUUCGCUUCUGGGCUGGCUAUCUCCAACAACAUUUAUUUGUGACUAUGUCCCUGGUGUGCAAAUCUGAUGGAGAAGUACAAGAGAAGGCCAUCAAGGAAUUGUUUGAGAAAUUAAAGACAUUUGAAGAGGGAAUCAAGGACUUAUUCCCAGACGGUGCGCCUUCUAUUGACUGCAGUAACAAUCUGGGGCUUCUGGACAUUGUAUUGUGUUCACAAUUUGGCCCUCAUAAAGUUCAAGAAGAAGUGCUUGGUAUAACAACUAUUGACCCAGAGAAAAACCCACUCUUGUUUACUUGGCUGAAAUCUCUGAAUGAGCUGCCUCUGGUGAAAGAGUUAACUCCUCCGCAUGAGAAGCUAGUAGCAGUUCUUCACUUCUUCAGAAACUAUGCCCUCAAAUCUAGUGCUGCUUGACCUUAUGACAUGAGGUUUCAAAAUUUGGAUACUAUAUGAUGUCCUAGAUGGCAUGUAUCCAAAAUUUGGAGCAAGUUUAAUUUG